AUGAAUAGGUACUCUCUGGGUGAUUUUGACAAUCACAGCAGUUUGAUGGCCAUAAGGGCAGCUAACCACGAUAAUAGUCAGUUCUUCUCUUUCCAAAGCGUUAAACCUUGUGAAGUUGAGGACAGGCUUAAAAAGCUGAGGCUAGGCAAGGCUAUGGGCUGGGACAUAAUCCCCCCGAGGGCACUUAUAUCUGGGGCUAGUGAAUUGGCUGUACCACUUGCCAAUCUGUUUAACAUCUGCAUUGAGCAGGGGCACUGGCCAACUGACUGGAAGAAGGGAGAAUGGACCCCAGUUCACAAGAAAGACGAUCAACUGCAAAAAGAAAACUGUCUUCCUGUGACUGUGCAAACUGUUAUCAAUAAAAUCUCUGAGCAACUCCUUUCUUCCCAAAUCACUGGUAACUAUAAUAAUCGCCUGUGUGACCAUUUGACUGCAUAUAGAAAGAGGAACAGUUGCGAGACUGCCUUGUUAUACCUGACUGAGAGCUGGAGGCACUCACUGGACAAUGGGGAGUGUGUUGGUGUGUUGUCAACAGAUAUGAGUAAGGCGUUAGAUUGUCUGUUCCCACCACUCAUACUGGCUAAACUAAGAGCAUACAGUUUUGAUGAUGUCAGCCUCAAACUCAUGGCAUCAUAUUUUGAAAAUCACCAAGCAAGAGUGAAGCUAGGGUCUCUUCUCUUGGGCCUUUGA